UGCUUUGGGCGGAUGGUAUGGAUAGAGAUAAUGGCCUACGCUAGAAGACAUUUCUACAACGAUACUCUUCUCAUCUCCCUUUCCUCAGAUUCUCUCUUUGUGAGUGUGUUCAUGAAUCCAAUCUUGUUAGCUUCUUUUUCUACUGCUGCUGCUGCUGCUGCUGCUGUUACUUAAUCUUCUAUCGACCUUGAUGAUUCUUUAUGGGUUACUACUCUUGUUGCAUAAACUAGAUUUUUGAGAGGUUGCUGAUAUACAUCAUACACACACUAGAGAUGUCAGAUGUUAACACAUUCACAUGAUUUUGUUGUUGUUGCUGUUUAAUUUUGGGAAUUCGUGGGCUUAUAGACUAGAUUUGUCCUGUCAGAGAUUUCUGAUUUAAUAACUGCAUUUCGAAUCUUCGUUGGUCCAUUUCGUGUUCUGGGUUUUGGUUGGUGUUGGUGGUGGUGGUGGUGGCUAACAGGAUAAAAGCAGACUUAUGUUUAGAAUUAGAAACUUGGAAUCUAUGGAUUCUUUGAUUCUUUCUUGUGGGUGUGUGUGAAUUUCUUAUCUUCAUCUUUGGGUUGUUUCUUGUGCUCAAUCUGAAUUUGUAGCUCCUGUUAGUGGAUAAGAUAGCAUCUUCUCUCAUACCCACUUCUCCUUUUCGAUUCCACUUGUUUAUAGUGGAUUUUGAGUUUGGUGGACCUUGUUCCUCCUUAUUCCUUGUGCCUCUUUGGUGUUAAACUUCUAAGUUUGUACUAUUACUAUUCUUCACUUUGGGUUUUGCGAGACAGCUUCUGUAGAUUUGGUAGCGGCUCUCUCUCUCUCUUUCUCUCUCCCACCACACUGCCCCUUUUCCCAUGUUUUCUACCUGGAAUUAACAGUAAGAGCCGCUUCAGCUUGGAACUGUUUCUUGGUAGCUUGCCUUGGCAACUGAUUUGGAUGAGUUUGCUCCAUGUAUUUGGGUUUGGUUUAAAGGUGGUGAAUCUACUUUGGAUGUUAUGUUGCUGGAUUUUGUCAGUAAUUUCCAUGAACUGGUUCGUCAAUGAUGAGACCAAGACUGGUUUGCUCGGUGAUGGUGGCAAGAUGUGGCUCAUGUUCUGGGAAGCGAAUAGUUGCAAAAUGCAUCAUCACUACUACCAGUAUAUUGGGUCAAAGAGAGUUAGAAAAACAUGGUGGAGAAGGCUCUUGGUGGCAUGGGUAAUUGGCUGGAUCAUGGUCUCUUUAUGGAUCUUAUGGUACAUGAGCUCACAAGCGGCGGAGAAAAGGAAAGAGACCCUUGCAAGCAUGUGUGAUGAGAGGGCCAGGAUGCUACAGGAUCAGUUUAAUGUGAGCAUGAACCAUGUGCAGGCUAUGUCCAUUUUGAUCUCAACCUUUCACCAUGGCAAGAACCCUUCUGCUAUUGAUCAGAGGACUUUUGCAAGGUAUACAGAAAGAACUGCUUUUGAGAGGCCCCUCACAAGUGGUGUGGCAUAUGCUGUAAGGGUGCUCCACUCUGAAAGGGAACAAUUUGAGAAACAACAAGGCUGGACAAUUAAGAGGAUGGAUACCCUGGAACAAAAUCCAGUUCAUAAAGAUGACUAUACCCCAGAAUUAUUGGAGCCAUCCCCAAUCCAAGAAGAAUAUGCCCCUGUCAUCUUUGCACAGGAUACCAUUUCACAUGUGGUUUCUCUUGAUAUGCUGUCUGGAAAAGAAGACCGUGAAAAUGUGUUGCGUGCUAGAGAAUCAGGAACAGGGGUUCUAACUGCUCCUUUUAGGUUGCUGAAAACUAACCGCCUUGGAGUUAUAUUGACAUUUGCUGUUUACAAGGGAGAUAUCCCCUCAAAUGCAACUCCAAAUGAGAGGAUUAAAGCGACUGAUGGGUAUCUUGGAGGAGUCUUUGAUAUUGAAUCGCUUGUUGAAAAGCUACUGCAACAGCUUGCAAGUAAACAAACUAUCCUAGUGGAUGUGUAUGACACUACUAAUCAAUCUCACCCCAUCAGCAUGUAUGGCUCAAAUGUAUCAGAUGACGAAUUGCAACAUGUUAGCUCUCUUAAUUUUGGAGAUCCCCAUAGAAUGCAUGAGAUGCAUUGCAAAUUCAAACAAAAGCCACCAUGGCAAUGGUUAGCAAUAACAACUUCGUUUGGGGUCCUUGUGAUAGCAUUGCUUAUUGGGCAUAUUUUCCAUGCAACUGUAAAUCGGAUUGCCAAAGUUGAAGACGAUUAUCAUGAAAUGAUGGAGCUUAAAAAACUAGCUGAGGCAGCUGAUAUAGCAAAAUCUCAGUUUCUUGCUACAGUUUCUCAUGAGAUCAGAACCCCAAUGAAUGGUGUUCUGGGAAUGUUACAUAUGCUUAUGGAUACGGAUCUAGAUGUAACUCAACAAGAUUAUGUCGGAAUUGCACAAGCCAGUGGAAAAGCUCUUGUCUCAUUAAUCAAUGAGGUUUUAGAUCAAGCAAAAAUUGAAUCAGGUAAGCUUGAGCUUGAGGAUGUGCGGUUCAAUCUACGGGCAAUUUUAGAUGACGUACUACCGCUCUUUUCUGACAAGUCUCAAGGAAAAGGAAUAGAGUUGGCUGUUUACAUCUCUGAUAAUGUUCCUGAAAUGCUAAUUGGUGAUCCAGGGAGGUUCCGGCAAAUCAUAACCAAUCUCAUGGGAAACUCAAUAAAAUUCACGCAUCAAGGGCACAUCUUUGUCACCGUCCAUCUUGUGGAGGAGGUGAUUGACUUCAUAGAUGUGGAGACAGAAUCAUCAUCAAGGAAUACCUUGAGUGGUUUUCCCAUUGCAGAUAGACGCCGCAGCUGGGCAGGAUUUAGGACUUUCAGUCAGGAUGGGUCUAGUCGUACUCUUUUGGCAUCCUCUCCUGACCUUGUCAAUCUAAUUGUUUCUGUUGAGGAUACAGGAGAAGGGAUCCCUCUUGAAGCCCAAUCUCGCAUUUUCACUCCUUUUAUGCAGGUUGGCCCAUCCACUUCCCGAAAAUAUGGAGGCACAGGGAUUGGCCUAAGUAUAAGCAAAUGUUUGGUUGGCCUCAUGAAUGGGGAAAUUGGGUUUGUAAGCAUACCCAAGAUCGGGACGACCUUUACAUUUACUGCUGUUUUUGGCAAUGGCUGCUCCAGUUCUCAUGACUACAAGAGUCGCAAAUUCAGCAACCAGUCUAACGCUAUCUUUUCAGAAUUUCAAGGCAUGACAGCAUUAGUUGUGGAUCCAAGGCCUGAAAGGGCCAAGGUUUCAAGAUAUCAUAUUCAGCGGCUUGGAAUUCAUGUUGAAGUGGUUUCUGAUUUAAAUCAAGCUUUCUGUAGCAUAAGCAACGGGAAUGCUGUUGUCAACAUGGUUCUUAUUGAACGGGAAGUUUGGGAUAGGGAUUCAAGUGUUUCAGCUCUAUUCAUCAAUAAUACAAGGAAAAUUGAUCAUGGUGUUUCUCCAAAACUAUUCCUUCUGGCUAAUUCUAUCAGUUCUUCCAAAUCGGACGCUGCAACUUCUGGUGUUUAUACUCCUAGUGCCAUCAUGAAGCCCCUUAGGGCAAGUAUGCUGGCUGCAUCAUUGCAACGAGCAAUGGGUGUUGGGAACAAGGGGAAUCCACGCAACGGGGAUCUCUCCAACCUUCUUCUUGGGAGAAAAAUUCUUAUUGUAGAUGACAAUGCUGUAAACCUCAAAGUAGCUUCUGGUGCUUUGAAAAAGUACGGAGCUGAUGUGGUCUGUGCAGAGAGUGGAGAAAAGGCAAUCACAUUGCUUACUCCACCCCACCAGUUUGAUGCUUGCUUCAUGGAUAUCCAGAUGCCGGAAAUGGAUGGUUUUGAAGCUACAAGGAAAAUUCGGGAUAAAGAAGACAAUUUCAACAAUUCUAUUCAGAAUGGAGAUGCAUCAGCUGAAGCCUAUGAAAAUUUUCCAAAUUGGAAAGUUCCCAUCUUAGCAAUGACUGCAGAUGUAAUUCAAGCUACACAUGAGGAAUGCCUAAAGUGUGGAAUGGAUGGAUAUGUUUCUAAACCUUUUGAAGCUGAACAACUAUACAGGGAGGUUUCACGAUUUUUUCAGUCAACUUCCAAUGUGAUCUUAUAGAGGAGGCUUAUAUUGAAAUUCACAUGAUGUGAGCGCCCACGGUUCCUGGGACGUGUUUACUUGAAUUGGUUAAGUUUUUCUCCCAAGAGAACACAUUUGUUUUAUUGCUGAGUGUAUAUAAAAGCCAUGAUGGAUAGCUCUCGAGUUUCAUUGAUUGUUUCGAGAACCACACGGUGAAGCUGGUUCAUGUUUCCUAGUAAAGUUGAUCUCAUUUGCUAGCUGUCAGUUAGGAUUGGUUGUGUGAGACUUGUGCAGACGCAAAGCUUUUAGGAUAGGAUAUCGAAUUCGAUAAUAUAUACCUGUUUCGAAUGGAUGGAGGAAUCCUGACAUUUGAGUGUAUCAUAGAAGCAAUGGAAUAUCAUCAUCUUGUCCUUGCAGAAAUAAAUUCAUGAUGCUCCAAAAAUUUCUUUCUUCGAGGAUUAUCCAUUUGUAGCGUAGGUGGUAGAUUCAGGUGAAAAGAGGGAAGACAAGCUUCUUGGCAGAGGAAGAGAACACAUCAUGCGUAUUAAUAUUGUAGAAUUAAUAAGAUAUUGAUGUAAUCAUAAUAUCUCAUUUCUUCAUCAUUUUGUACCAAGAAUUGAUGCAAUAGAGAGUGACAGUGUAUCAAAUCUCAGUAAUCCCAUCUCAUGGUUUUUCUCUGGUUA